AUGAGCGCAUCUAGGAGUCUCAAGCGUAGGGCACAGUCAGCUAAGGGAUCUCCCAGCUCUCAAGAUCUCAAGGCGCGCCCACACAAUCUGAUAGGCGUCCGAGGCAGUGACACGCUCAGCUUCCAUCAGUCGGGAUUAGCGUCAGUUGCUUCAGGGACUCACGACCAACACCGAUCAUGCGAUCGAGAUGACUGGCAAAUGCUCAACGAUGGUUGUCGCAAUCUUGCACCUUUUCAGCGCUUUUCUGAGCGCUCACCUGCUGAAUUGGCCGACUGUGGAAGGACAGCAUCAAACAGAACUACAUUUUCAAGCAUGAUGGGAUCCCUCAGGCUCGGUCACAGUGAUCAUGUAUCUGUCGCUGCUGCAAACAGAGGCGAGGAGACCUCGGCACUGACUGUCAUACUCUUCGUGGCAGCGCAUCUUAAAGGAGACUUGGCGCAUGAUAUGAUGGCUUCUGCUUGCUCAGCGCUGGACCUGUCGAGCUUCGACGAUGUUCCACUCUUCAUGCGAGAUUUGCCCGCUAGUGAAGCCGAAAAGCCGAGCAACACGACACUGGACGCUCUUCAGACGCUGAUAUAUGAUGGCACGCCCGACGAGAUUGCACAGAACCUCAAAAGCCAAGGCAAUGAAUACUACAACGGCAGACGCUACAAGAAGGCUCUUGGAUUCUAUACGCAGGCGAUAGACGAGACGGGCAAGGAGAUUGCGCCCCAAGUGAAGCGCGCAUUGCUGUCCAAUCGUUCGGCUUGUCACCUUGAGCUGGCAAACUACAGAAAAUGUCUGACUGAUUGUGCUGCUCUGCUCGCACUGCCUAGCGAGUCUGGCGACAAUGAUGGCCUGACAUGCAAGGCCCUCUAUCGCUCUGCGUCUGCCCUGUUUGCGCUCGGAAAACUAGAAGAGGCAUCAGAUGCUAUCUCAAGACUACUGAAGACCUCGAGCGCAGCACCAGAUAAGGCGACAGAACAACUUGCAUUCAAAAUAGAUGAAGCUAUCAAGCUGAACCCCGUCGGAUCCCGAGCGAGCUCGCUCAUUUGGUCAGUGUGGCUCAUGCGCCCGCUUGGCAACCAAGCUACGCGCGAUCUUGUCCUGAACUGGCACGAGGACACACCCAUAGAGACGCAGCUGGCAGCAGUCUACGAAGGCGCAAAUCUGGAUCUGGCAGUGCAUCAGUUCUGCGUANUCACCCGUCAAGGCAGNAUCGUCAAGCUUGGCAAAAAGGUGUCGCUUCGGCAAAUGAUGCGCGCAGUCUCGCAAAAAGAUGACGCUGCCGUCUUGGUGGAUGGUCGAGCAUUGGANAUCUUCAUGCUCGAUCGCACUGCCGCUGGCGACGCUUACAUCGAGCGCNUGAAGAGCAACGCAAGUCGCUGA